AUGCAUGAGGUAAACAUCCUCCUACGUCUUCUUCGUUCUAAAGUUAUUGCACCAGAGAAAAAAAAAGAAACCGAUUUUCGUGGCUUUAAAUGUGGAACUCGACUGGAGUUUAUUAUUUACGAAGGGUUUAGGUGGACUUAUGGUGGUGGAGUAGCAGCAGUCGCACAGGUGGUGAUGGCGGUGAUUUGGAACAACGAUGGGGGUGGCAGGAGGCCACUCCGGUGGUCUUCUGAUGCCCUGUUCUUGCUUCCUUCAGUUGCCCUAGAAUUACCACAAAGAUGUGGUCAACGUGUCAACCUGAUCUCAUGCAUCACCUCCACCUCUAAGACUACUCCAGGUACAAGUGAUUCCCAAAGCUUAGGAAAUUCCAUGGUCUACUUAUUGAGGUGGUGUUGGGCAGUAGGAGGCUGCUUCAGUGGCCUUCUACGUCUUAUUUCUUGCUUAAAAUUGCUAGUAAAAACAAAUGGGAUGAGGGAGAGAGCUGUGGUGAUCGAAAAUAGCAGCAACAAAGGGUUGGGGAUGUGCUCUCCGGUGGUAGCAGUGAAGGGUGGGGUGAUGGCAGUUUGGUGGCAGCAAGGUGGAUGA